GCGGCAGGCCGCGCAGGCGCGGUGAGUCGGUGCCUGUCAGUCCGGAAGGCUGAGGGGCCGCGGCUGGGUUGAACCUUGUUAGAAGGGGUCGCUGAGUGGGCCUGUGGCGAGGUGGGUUGGGGCUUCCGGCACCAUGUCGAGGCAGGCGAACCGUGGCACUGAGAGCAAGAAAAUGAGCUCUGAGCUCUUCACCCUGACCUAUGGGGCUCUGGUCACCCAGCUAUGCAAGGACUAUGAAAAUGACGAAGAUGUGAAUAAGCAGCUGGACAAAAUGGGCUAUAACAUUGGAGUUCGACUGAUUGAAGAUUUCUUGGCACGGUCAAAUGUGGGGAAGUGCCAUGACUUUCGGGAAACUGCAGAUGUCAUCGCCAAGGUGGCAUUCAAGAUGUACUUGGGCAUCACUCCAAGCAUCACCAAUUGGAGCCCAGCUGGUGACGAAUUCUCCCUCAUUUUGGAAAAUAACCCGUUGGUGGACUUUGUAGAACUUCCUGAUAACCACUCAUCCCUUAUUUAUUCCAAUCUCUUAUGUGGGGUGUUGCGGGGAGCUUUGGAGAUGGUCCAGAUGGCUGUGGAGGCCAAGUUUGUCCAGGACAUCCUGAAAGGAGACGGCGUGACAGAAAUCCGGAUGAGGUUCAUCAGGCGGAUUGAGGACAAUCUCCCAGUUGGAGAGGAAUGACCGUCCCCAGGACUUAGGGCUGCCAGCAGGAGCACUGGCUGGAAUCAGAAAGCCUCAGUGCUCCCUCUGCCCUCUAGAACUCAGUGACUGUUGAACACGGAUGUUAUAUAUUCUUCUAUCCUUGUUUCCAUUCUCCUGCUAGACUGUGAUAUAGUCCAUUUACCCCACAAGUGUGUACAUUCGGGAGGGAAAUCCUUUGCUCCCUUUCCCUUCAAAGGGGUGGAUGUAGUCAUCCUUAGUUGGACUAGAAAGAGCUCAACCAUUUUACAUUCCUGAAGCAAAACCCACUUUCACCCAUUAAGAGGCAAGCCUGGCACAUCUAUCCCUGGGCCUUCAGAAAGCCAUUGGAACCUGGCUGUGGGGGACCCAGGGUUGUGGGGCGGGGAGGAGAGGUGGGGAGGGGUGGCUGGGAGCUGCUAGCGAUGGUGUGACACGUCUAGUGCCGCCAGGAGAGGGGAGCCCGUCGUGCUGGAAACACUGACUUCUGGGAAGCCACCCAGGUCUCAUUCCUCCCUGCUGUUUGGAGGCAACAUCUCCUCUUUUUACAGAGGGUUCAUCCUUUUUCUUACAAAUUCUGCAAUAAAGACACAUUCUUGAGUGAAGUCCCAA